UCGAAAGAGAAGAACAACAUUGAUCAUCGGCGAUUUUGUAUCUCGCCGGUGAUUUUGUAUCUAACUAACUGAAGCACAUCGUCUCUCGUCGACGAUUAUGCUGGAUUAAUUGAGGAAAGGCGAAAUGCUUGAGAUGUGUUUUAUGUGUAGAGCUUGGAAUUUAACUAAUACCACACAAUGAGAGUUCGUUGUUGAUCCUGACAUAGGAGCUUCUUUUAUACUCAUCAAAGAGAAAUAACUUACAACGAGUUGGUUGCGAUUGUUUUAGAAGAUUUUGGAAUUGAUGGUAAUGCCAAUGAUCUGAAAAUUAGCUAUGGAUCACUUUCAAGCUCUCUUUUAGAAUCAAAAAAAUUCCUUCAUAUGGUCAUUAUGAAUGAUCGGCAACUAAAAGCUUUUAUGCACAAGAUUCAAGAGAAUGGAUGAGUUUUUGAGUUAUGUGUGACAGUGAAGGAAAUAAAGAGCACGGAACCUGGUACUGAAGUUUCUAGCUCCCAUCGUUGCCCCCUUCGUGCUAUGGAUGAGAGACUAUUGCAAUCAAGAUUGUUAUCCCUCAACGCCGGUGAUCAUUCUCUUGUGGCGUUUGCUGGGCUCAUGGCAGGAUUAACGCUGGGUCUCAUGUCUCUUGGAUUAGUCGAUCUCGAAGUUCUUAUCAAAUCCAGUCGCCCUCAGGAUCAACUCAACGCUGGGUUUGUAAAUUUCCCUAGGAUGUUAUCCCUCUGUUUCGUUGAUUUUGCUAUUGGUCAUUUGGAUGUUGAGCUAAACGAUGCAGGAAGACAACAAGCAGUGAAAGGCGGAGGAGAAAGUCUUGACAAACUUUAUGGUAGAUGUACAUCUGCGUUACAGAGAAUCGGCGAGAAACAUAAAGGUGAGAGAGUGGAAGUAGUGACACGUGGAGGUGUGAUUCGAUCUCUCCACGAGACUAUCGACGCUUUUUCUUCACAUUCUUCUCUUAGGCUCUACCAAUAUUCUUGGAUAAAAUUGUGCCUCCAUGGGCUGCUAUUGUUCGCUCAAUGACUCUUAUACUGGUGUUUGGAGAGGGAGAUCGAAUUCAAGCUACCAUGGCAAAAGAAUUUAUUGACCGUCCAUAUCAUAAAAGAUUAGAAGAAGGUAGAUAGAUAAUUUUAGCAAACUUCCAACUCAGUUGGGUGUCUGACUCUUUCAAGCUAACCAACAGUCGAUUUAAGAUCGUGUGGCAGUCUACAACCUUUUUCGAUGUGUUCCAUUCCAUGAUUCCGAAUACUAUUUUGAUUUUGCGAAAUUUAAAAGUUUUCAAAUUGGGAUAAUCAAUUUGGACUUCUGUGUUGAUUUGUUCAGACAUUAACCUCCAAAAUUCAACAACAUAUCCGAGGAGAUCUAUUUUGAAAUGAGUAACAUAACGAGUUGCCGCCUUCGAUGUUUUUUACCAAACGUGUACGCUCUAGAUUUUUACGAGAAAAUUGAUGACAUUAACAUUUGCAUUAUAAGGUUUGCAAAAAUAAUGUAUACAAAAGGUGAGUGAAUCGUCACUUCCGCUUACAAAUGCUCAGAAAUUCUCAUAAAUCCUAAUUUGGCGGAAGUUGACAAUAUGAAGACCAAAGUCAUACAAUAUAAGUACCAAAUUGAGGAUCAUCCAUUUGCUACUGAUUCUGAAGAUGAACACAUUUAAGCCACACUGUCAAACAGCAAUGAUGAUGAUGAGUAGCACGGAAGCACCAAGAAGAGUACUUGAAUAGCAAAAAUAUUUAUUUAUAUAUAUUUUAUUUAUUUUUGAAAGAACUAAAUUUGAUUUUCAUUUUCUUUUUGCCAUUUAGUAUCUUAUAAUUCAAUUUAAU